AACCCCUUCUUCAACUCCCAACGCCAAAGACAUUAACCCAAAAUGUCAAUAGCCUCCUCUCUGGAAUCUCUGAAAUUGUCAUCACCAUUUCUCCAUGACGGCUCAACCUCCCUUUCUCGUCUCUCAAAGCCCAAUUCUUCCCUUCCUUGCCAGCCACUGAAAUCCCCGGCUUUUCUACCUCCAAUCAGGGCAAUGAAAUCCUUGCAAGGCAAGGUCGUUUGUGCUACAAAUGAUAAGACUGUGUCGGUGGAGGUGGUGCGCUUAGCCUCGCAUCCUAAGUACAAGAGGCGUGUGAGGAAGAAGAAGAAGUUCCAGGCUCAUGACCCUGAUAACCAGUUCCAAGUCGGUGACAUUGUGCAGCUGGAAAAGAGCAGGCCUAUUAGCAAGACCAAGACUUUCUUUGCUGUGCCCAUACCAAGCAAGAAUGGGAAGCCCGGGAAUGAAGAGACAGGGGAGCUUGGGAUCCCGUUGGAGUCAAACCAGCCUCGAGAGCAGCAGGCUUAGUGUUAAACUCCUUGGGAUGUGGCCCUUUUGGUGCGGUAAAUUUGUAAUCUUUUACAAUUGUGCUUGUGUCAAUGUAACAAUUGUCGUUUCCAAUUGAUAUGGAUUGUUUAUUGGGUUUGUGAUGAUAUUGGUGCUUCAACUUUGAUGGGCUUCUUUGUUAGUUAGUAAAUAAGUUAGUGAUCAAGCAAGGUUGGGAGGCUGUUUGAGUCUGGACGCAAAGGAACUUGAUUUAGGCAAGAAAAUUCUGGGUACUAUUGGAUUGGGUUAUGAGCAUUUCUAAUUCACAAUCUUUAAUAUCUAAAUUCAUAUUUUCAAA